AUGGUAAUCCCCAGUGUCGCCCCUCUGCGGCUGAUCCAUCAAAUGUGCUCUUUCUUCACCACAGCCAUCAUGACUGAAUUAAUUCCACUCUCGACUAAUGUUCUCAACCUUGAAAAUCAUCGGCGGAUACUAGAUGUGAUAGUUCCUGUUGGUUCCGCCCUUUCAACUUGUUCACUAGCGCUGCAUCUUUACGCUCGCCACAAAGAAAAAGCACUUCGGUGGGAUUCCUUGGUUAUAUCUCUAGGCUGUAUUCUAUCUAUUGCUAUGCACCUUGUGGUCCUUAUGGUAAACCCCGUAGCUGUUAAGCUCGGAGUCGCUGCGCUGUUGCUUCAGUUAUCGAACGGCUGUGCCGAAAUGUACCUCCUGCUACUAUAUCGCCGCAUAUCCCCACAGGGAAAAGUCACAGUCGCCGUCAGACCUGUACUUCUCGCAAUAGGAAUUGUGAUUGUUGCGAAUCUCAUCACUAUCGGGCUUUCGAUGCUGUAUCUCGUCUCCAGUGUCAGACUCUCAGAGGGUACGUGGCUUGGGACAAGAACUCUGUUUCUGAUAACAAGCGUAGUCAAUAUCGCUACAGAUGUUCUGCUGGUCGUUAUGGCGAUUCCUACUUUAAUGAAUCUCCACACGAAAUGGAAGCGUCUCAUUAUUUACCUCUGCCUAACAUUGAUGCCGGCGGCCGUCCGGGUCUCGUUACUGCCAAUUGUGCAUUAUAGGCCCGAUCUAGUCUGGUGGGCUGUGCCAUCUUUGUGCAUCGAGGGAGCUUUGAACGUGGUUUGUGUCUGCCUGCCUGCAAUGUGUCAGUCAUUCAAGCACGUAAAGCAGACGGCAUCUCGAAUAUCCCGUCCAGUUUUAUACUCUGGACAGUCGAGUCAAACCUCUUUACGCCCUCAAGUCAUCUAUUUAGGCUUGAUACCAACCGAAUCGAACACGAGCAAUCCUUGUUUCGAGAAAAAAGUGGAAGUUGUUGAUACCUGA